AUUCAGUUACAAGAUACUAUCCAAGGAUUUGAAUUGGUGGCCUUUUCCUGACUCUGGGAACACUUACUCUAAUAUUAAUCUGUAGUCAUCGAAAACACUUGAAAAGCAAGAAAAGCACUUGGCAUGCUUAACUGAAAUGGAUUCUUUAUGUCAGAAACUACUUAAAGACGUUUAUUAAAAAUAACAACCAACAGCUCCUCUUUUCUACCUACUACAAGGUCCUAUAUUCUCAAUCACCAGGUACUGAUGAUAGCCUUCGGAAGAGACAGUUUCAAAAUAUCCACUACUUCCUGUAGCAAGGAGAAAAUCUGGAUCUUGGAUUGCAACACCAACUUCAGGAAAAAUGGUAUACAAGGACAAGCUUCUAGCAUCUUGCCAUCAUUUUUUCCUGCUUGCAACCAGAUUCUGUUGGAUAAUCCCUAUGAUACGAGGAACUUAUGGCCAGGAAUAUGCCCAUUCCAUUCGACUCGACGGAGAUGUGAUCUUGGGAGGACUGUUUCCUGUCCAUGCCAAGGGGGAAAGAGGAGUACCUUGUGGUGAACUCAAGAAAGAAAAGGGAAUCCAUCGGCUUGAGGCAAUGCUAUAUGCAAUUGAUCAGAUCAAUAAGGACCCUGACCUUCUUGCCAAUGUCACAUUAGGUGUUCGGAUUCUAGACACAUGUUCCAGAGACACUUAUGCCCUGGAGCAGUCGUUAACUUUUGUGCAAGCUUUGAUAGAAAAAGAUGGGUCUGAUGUGAAAUGUGCUAAUGGAGAUCCUCCAAUUUUUACCAAGCCAGACAAGAUAACCGGGGUAAUAGGUGCAGCGGCGAGUUCAGUGUCCAUCAUGGUGGCUAACAUUUUAAGACUUUUUAAGAUACCUCAAAUCAGCUAUGCAUCUACAGCUCCAGAACUGAGUGAUAACACCAGGUAUGAUUUUUUCUCUCGCGUGGUCCCACCAGACUCCUAUCAAGCCCAAGCUAUGGUUGACAUUGUGACAGCGCUUGGAUGGAACUAUGUGUCAACACUGGCAUCAGAAGGGAACUAUGGGGAAAGCGGUGUAGAAGCUUUCACUCAAAUCUCUAGGGAAAUUGGUGGUGUCUGCAUUGCUCAGUCACUAAAAAUCCCCCGUGAACCAAGAACAGGGGAAUUUGAGAAGAUUAUCAAGCGCUUGAUGGAGACUGCAAAUGCUCGUGCUGUAAUUAUGUUUGCAAAUGAAGAUGAUAUAAGGAGAAUACUGGAAGCUGCUAAGAAAUUGAAUCAAACUGGACAUUUUCUUUGGAUAGGUUCAGACAGUUGGGGUUCUAAAAUUUCACCUGUUUAUCAGCAAGAAGAAAUAGCAGAAGGGGCUGUCACCAUCCUGCCCAAAAGAGCUUCCAUUGAUGGUUUUGAUAGAUAUUUUAGAAGUCGAACCCUAGCAAAUAACAGAAGGAAUGUGUGGUUUGCAGAAUUUUGGGAAGAAAAUUUUGGAUGCAAGCUGGGCUCUCAUGGAAAGAGGAAUAGCAACAUAAAGAAAUGUACAGGAUUGGAACGAAUUGCAAGAGAUUCUUCUUAUGAACAAGAAGGAAAGGUUCAGUUUGUCAUUGAUGCGGUAUAUUCAAUGGCAUAUGCAUUACACAACAUGCAUAAAGAACUUUGCCCUGGGUACAUUGGACUCUGUCCUCGAAUGAGCACAAUUGAUGGCAAAGAGUUGCUUAGUUACAUCCGGGCAGUGAAUUUCAAUGGGAGUGCUGGAACACCUGUCAUUUUCAAUGAAAAUGGAGAUGCCCCUGGCCGUUAUGAUAUCUUCCAAUAUCAAAUAACCAACAGAAGUGCAGAAUAUAAAGUCAUUGGCCACUGGACGAAUCAACUUUAUCUAAAUGUAGAAGAUAUGCUUUGGGAUAUCAAAGAACGAACUCACCCCACUUCAGUCUGUAGUGUGCCCUGCAAACCUGGGGAAAGGAAGAAGAUGGUUAAGGGUGUAGCUUGCUGUUGGCAUUGUGAGCGCUGUGAAGGAUAUCAAUACCAAGUGGAUGAGGUCACCUGUGAAAUGUGUCCCUUCGAUAAGAAACCAAACGCCAACCGCACGGACUGCCAACUCAUUCCCAUCAUCAAACUGGAGUGGCAUUCCCCGUGGGCGAUUGUGCCUGUCUUCAUAGCAAUACUUGGCAUCAUUGCAACCUCCUUUGUCAUUGUGACAUUUGUCCGCCACAACGACACCCCAAUUGUCAGGGCCUCAGGGCGUGAACUAAGCUAUGUCCUCUUGACCGGGAUUUUUCUCUGUUAUGCUAUCACUUUUUUAAUGAUUGCAAGUCCAGGUACUGCCAUCUGUUCUUUUCGACGGAUCUUCCUAGGACUUGGGAUGUGCUUCAGUUAUGCAGCCUUGCUCACCAAAACAAACCGGAUCCAUCGAAUAUUUGAGCAAGGGAAAAAAUCAGUCACUGCUCCAAAGUUCAUCAGCCCAGGUUCCCAACUGGUGAUUACCUUCAGCCUCAUAUCCAUACAGCUGAUAGGAGUCUUCAUUUGGUUUGCUAUUGAUCCUCCACAUAUCAUAGUAGAUUAUGGAGAGCAGAGAACUGUGGAUCCUGAAAAUGCCCGUGGGAUUCUGAAAUGUGACAUCUCGGAUCUAUCACUAAUUUGUUCUCUUGGAUACAGUAUUCUCUUAAUGGUAACAUGUACUGUAUAUGCGAUUAAAACAAGAAGCGUUCCAGAGACCUUCAAUGAAGCAAAACCAAUUGGAUUUACCAUGUACACCACCUGUAUCAUUUGGUUAGCUUUUAUUCCAAUCUUUUUUGGAACGGCACAAUCAGCAGAGAAGAUGUACAUCCAGACAACAACUCUUACAGUGUCCUUAAGUUUAAGUGCUUCUGUCUCUUUGGGCAUGCUCUACAUUCCCAAGGUUUAUAUUAUCAUUUUUCAUCCAGAACAAAAUGUGCAAAAAAGGAAGAGGAGUUUCAAGGCUGUUGUCACUGCAGCCACAAUGCAAAGCAAGCUGAUCCAAAAGGGAAACGACAGGCCAAAUGGCGAGGUCAAAACGGAACUUUGUGAAAGUCUUGAAACCAACAGUAAGUCAUCAGUAGACUUAACCAUGGUCAAGAGUGGCAGCACUUCCUAAUAGAUCUUCCUCCACCAAGACGAGCUACGUCAGCUAUAGCAAUCAUGCAAACUGAAUGGUGAAACCAAUCAUACCUGAAGACUCACAAUAUGUGAACUGAAGAACAACGUUGACCAUCACAUCAAGAGAACUCAGCCUCUGAAAUGUCUCUAGAAAACAGACUAAGCUGUAAAAGGACAAAGAUUGACCAUGUGGCCAUAGCAGGAGGCAUGCGUGGGUUGGGGGAAAAAUGGCCCAGAAUUAUAUAUUAUGAUUGCCUGUCAAAUGUCUGAACUGUUUACUCAUGAAAAAAGGUGAAUCACAAAAGGAAAA